ACAGGUCAAGAUCGUAGGUUGUCACUAACUUAUUCCUAAGGCAAACCAAAUUAUAUUUGUUACUGCAGGUGCUGGACAUGUACGUGUAGAAAUGGGACUGAAAUCACUCAGUAGACAGCCACCACCUCCUUCAUACUUGUAGCACUUUCCUGGAGAAAAGGAAGUCAUAACUUGCAAGCUGAUUUGUGCAUUAAAUAAUUUAAAAAUAACUUCGAAGAUAGAUAGCUACUACAGAGUAGUGUUUGCAAUUGUUCAGUAUGGAUUUUAAUAUAUUCACCUGCAAGCGUGUCUCAGAACAGAUAAUGCAUGUAUAAGGUGCACAGUGGGAAAUCUCUGUCUAGUACAAAUCUUGACCAUUGAGAAAGACUUUUUAUGUAAUUGGAGACAAACAGAAAUAUCUGAAGCACCAGUGCAGUUUGUAGCACAGGAACAGUUCAGCUGGUAGUUGGAUAAACAGAAAACAUGCAGUUGUAUUGUCAGUGUUUCUAAAAGAAUGCUGAAAAAUUGUGGAGAGCAGCUAAAACUAAGAAAUAACUUUGUGGCUCAAAAAAACUAUUGCACAAUUGGAACAGAUAAUCUACUUAAUUUGUCAAGACUGAAGAGACAAUAAUAUCUUUGAAGCAUCCACAGAGAGUUAAGGAACCAGAUGAAGCUGAUGUUAGCAUCUCUCUGCUAUUUGAAGGAGCUAGCAUUUCAACAUCCAACAUGAUGCAGCUGGAAUGAAAUGUUAAGGAUGAGAGAGAUCCAAGGACUGUUUGGAAAGGGAGAAACAAAUGGCAUACAAAUUCUCUCUUUUUCACCUCUAGCUGUGUUCAUAGCCAAGAACAUUACGAGGCUGCAGCACCUGGGGAUAACCCAUGUUCUGAAUGCAGCAGAGGGGAAAUCAUUCAUGCAUGUGAACACUAAUGCAGAGUUCUAUGAAGGCACAGGCAUCAGAUACCAUGGCAUUAAAGCUAAUGAUACACAGGAAUUCAACCUCAGCCGCUAUUUUGAGGAGGCAGCUGAUUUUAUUGACAAAGCCCUUUCCCAGAAGGAUGGCCAGGUGCUGGUGCACUGCCGGGAGGGCUACAGCCGCUCGCCCACGCUGGUCAUCGCCUACCUGAUGCUGCGGCGGGGCAUGGAGGUGCGCAGCGCGCUCUGCGCCGUGCGCCAGCAGCGCGAGAUCGGCCCCAACGACGGCUUCCUGCGGCAGCUCUGCCAGCUCAACCAGCGCCUGCUCGGCGAGGGCAAGCUCAAGCCCUAGGGCACAGCACCACAGCCUCUGUGCCCGAAGUUCCCAGAGCUUCAGGGGAUGGCUGAGGCGCUUCAGAGACGCCAGUUUCAACCGCCGGGCUAAAGCGAGGUGGAAUUCCUGCGUGUCUAGUGAAAGAACCUUUGGAACUCUGGGGUUCUUUCGAGAUGGGACAAAACUGUGUCGUUGUUUGGAGCUGUUGCCAUAAAGAGAUGUUUUUAGAGGGAUUGCUUCAGUGAUAAGAGCCAUCUUCACAUUGCAGACUUCCAUAGCGUAUGUGGUUUGCAUUGACAUGGAAAGUGAUACAUGUAAGCUUUGUCUUUAGUCUCACCAGUUCCCAAAAGUCCCAAUACAUCUCUUCACUCACUCUUAAUAAGAGCACUGUAAUUUGUAAAGCUUAUUUUUCAUGCACACAGGUGCCUAAAGUUUGAAUGUAGGAGCUUCAAGGAAUGGGAAGCAUAUGUACAAAUGCACAGAUGCAUUCACUUGGAAAAUAAAGUGCAUGCAGUGUUUUGUGUGGAUUUAUGCAAUUCACAGUGUGAGAGUAAAGCCAUGCAGAGCUCAUGCUUGAUGCACCCUGUCUUUCCAAGAUUAAGUUUUUAUCUCUUCUGUUACGUUGGACACAAAAUAGUCUGCUAUUAAAUGCUCUUUUAUUUUGAAAUCAUACUAGAAAAAAAAUGUCAAGAGCAAAUGCUGAGGGAAGAACUUGAACAAGGAAGAAAUAAUAUUAGUAUUUAGAAGUGCUUGUGGUGGAUGUAUAAUUAAGUCCUAAGUAUCCUAAUAUAAUGCCUUUCAAAGCUUGUAUGGAAUUACAGUGUCUUUAUCUCUUCUUUAAAUCACUGUUCAGUGACAGAAUAGAACAACCACACGUGGAUUACUUCCAGCACAGGUGUGCUUACAAAGCAGUUUGCAGAAGAACACUCUUGACUUCUUGGAUUGCUUGCAUGGUAUCAUUAAAUAAAAAUGAGCAUUGUAAUGUACCACACUGUAUAGGAAAUAUUGACAUUCUAUUCAAAUAAAUAAUGACUUGAUUGCAUUUACUACA